GAAUAAAAGGAUUGAUUGGGCCCUUGUUGUUUGAUGAGUCGUUCAGAAGUUCUGCGACUCUACCGGAAAAUGCUGAAAUACAGUAGCAUGUUCUCAGACUAUAAUUUCCGUGAAUAUUCCUUGGCUAGAGUGAAGGAAUCCUUUAGGCAAAACAAGCUUCUCCAAGAUGAAGAAGCCAUCUUGAAAGCUGUCGAGAAAGCCCAAAAGAAUUUGCAGAUGUUACAGAGACAAGCACAAAUAAGUCAAAUGUUCAAGGGAGAAAGACUUGUCAUCGAGGCCGAGACGCCAUCACGGAACAAGUAACCGACGUCGUUUGAAAUAGAUGUACACUUAGUAGCUGGCCAAAGCGUUGUGCAAAGAGUAGCAUAGGCUUGUAUGAGAUCU